AUCAUUUCAGGUGUAUAUAGCCCGAUUGUUGAUCACACAAUUGAACUUGGUAUAUCUCUACUGAGAGGAGGUAAUAUUGAUGUACAAAAGAGAAUGCUUAAACAUCUCAAAGACAAAAAAGAUGUUGGGUUUUUUACAUCAGUGGCUGGACUUAUGCAGCAAUGCAGUGUGCUUGACCUGGAUGCUUUUGAACGUUGCAACAAAGCUGAGGGACUUGGAAUGAGUACUGACACUGGACCUGGGGAGAAAAACUUACAUGAUGCAGAAUUCACCUGCAAAUUAUUCCGCUUCUUACAAUUGCUUUGUGAGGGUCACAAUCUUGAAUUCCAAAAUUAUCUCAGAACACAAGCAGGAAACAAUACAACAGUGAAUAUUAUCAUUUGCACUGUGGAUUACCUUCUUCGUUUACAAGAAUCUAUUAUGGACUUCUACUGGCAUUAUUCCGGUAAAGACUUAAUUGAUCCUGCUGGAAAGGCUAACUUUUGCCGAGCCAUCAUGGUAGCUAAAUACGUGUUCAGAUCACUCACUGAGUAUAUUCAGGGUCCAUGUGCCCAAAACCAAUUGGCUUUAGCCCACAGCAGAUUGUGGGAUGCUGUUGGUGGGUUUCUUUAUAUAUUUGCCCAAAUGCAAGACAAAUUAUCAAAAGAUUUUGAGCAAUUGGAGUUAUUGCGUGAAUUCAUGAACUUACAAAAAGAAAUGAUGAUCAUGCUUCUUUCAAUGCUUGAAGGUAAUGUUAUGCAUGGACCAAUUGGUAAACAAAUGGUAGACACACUUGUGGAAUCUUCUGGAAAUGUGGAGAUGAUUCUAAAGUUCUUUGAUAUUUUCUUGAAAAUGAAAAAUAUUACGUCAUCAGAAUCAUUCUUGGAAUUUGAUGCUAAUCAAGAUGGCACCGUAUCCCUCAAAGAAUUCCGUAAUGCAAUGGAACAGCAAAAAGUGUAUUCUAACGAGGAGAUUGAUUACAUCAUGAUGUGUGUCGAUGUGGACCAGGAUGGAAAAGUUGAUUAUGAUGAAUUUACUGAGCGUUUCCAUAAUCCAGCAAAGGAUAUUGGUUUCACCAUGGCAGUCUUAUUGACUAAUCUUUCUGAACACUCACCCAAUGAUCCACGGCUUGAGCGCUUCCUUGAGAAGGCUCGAAGUGUCCUUGAUUACUUUAAACCUUACUUGGGCAGAAUAGAGAUCAUGGGUAGUGCCAACAGAAUUGAACGUAUUUAUUUUGAGAUCAAACAGUCACAGAUUGACCAAUGGGAAAAACCUCAAAUCAAGGAAUCUAAACGAUCAUUUUUGCACAGCGUGAUCAAUGAGGGAGGAGAUAAAGAAAAACUGGAAAGUUUUGUCAACUUUUGUGAAGACACAAUCUUUGAGAUGCAACAUGCAACGAGUAUCACCGGGGAGGAGUUGAAGUUGUCAUCUGUGAUAGGUGGUGUAGGAGCAGGAAGCAUUUUAGAGCCCGUGAAGGCAACAUAUCGUACCAUUCGAGAUUUCAUCGGAUCCUUAUUAUCAUUGUUCACAUGGUCCAAUAUCAAGAAUACAUAUCAUACAUUCCGCAGUAUGACCUACGGACAACUGUUUAUGAUGAUCCUAAAAGGAAAUUUCCAAUUUGGACUAUCAAUAUUAACACUGAUAUUCCAUAUAUUCUGGACUUUAGCCAAAUUCUUGAUAAAUAUGAUGAUGGGUGAUCGAGGUAUGGAGGUGACUUCAGAUGCUGUAAAGGCUGCUGCUACCAAACACCCCCCUGCUAUAAUGCCUGCUCCAUUGGCAUUAGGAGCCCCAGAAACGCCUAGUGGAGCGGCACCGGCAGGACCAAAAGUUACACAAGAAAAUGGAGGACCUGUUAAAACGUUCCCUGCUAAGAAGGAAAAUGGUCUGAAAGAAUCUAUCAGUGUGACAGAGGGACAGACGGCACCAGAAGUUGAUGCUACAACAAUAAAUGGUAGUGUACCAUCAAAAGAAUUACCUUCAGCUACCUCUGAAGGUCCAAAUGAAAUGCUUUUGGAAGAAAAAUUCUUGAUAGCUGAAUCAGUGCCAGAAAUUCCAGCUCCAGCUGGAACAUCUACAAACGAAGCAACUAAUGGCACUCCAACGACCGAUAGCGGCAAGGGAGAAGAGCUCGAAGGUGAAGAGGGUAUUGUUGCAGGAGAGGAAGAAGUACCUUAUGAAACCAAAGCAUUUGAUUAUGGAAAAUAUAUCCUGAGUUAUUUUGCAAGAAACUUUUAUAAUUUCAAAUACGUGGCCUUGGCUCUUGCUUUCUUCAUCAACUUUAUAUUACUCUUUUACAAGGUGAACAAGGUAACUCAGGCUAUGGUUGGAGGAGAGGAGGAAAGCACUGGAAGUAAUGGAACAUCUGACGAUGAUGAUGCUGAAGAGGUUGUGAUGAUGGAAGAAGAUGUGGACUAUUUGUUACCAGUUUUAGAAGUGUUAGCAGUAUUACAUUCAAUAGCCUCCUUCUCAAUGUUGGUGGCUUAUUAUUGCCUCAAAGUGCCUUUAGUAAUCUUUAAACGAGAAAAAGAAAUUGCUCGUAAACUAGAAUUUGAGGGCUUGUAUAUCGCUGAACAACCUGAUGAAGAUGAUAUUAAAGCUCAAUGGGAUAAGCUUGUCUUAAGUACGGGCUCCUUCCCUCAGAGCUACUGGGAUAAAUUCGUCAAAAAGAAGGUCAGACUACGAUAUGCUGAACAGUAUGAUUAUGAAAGCAUCAGUAAUCUGCUAGGUAUGAAGAAAGGAGAUUCAAUAACCAUAGAAGAUACAGUUGAGCAUACUGGAAUGUUGCCAGCUUUUCUCUCAAAUAUGGAUUGGCAAUAUCAACUUUGGAAAUGGGGUGUCAUUUUUACUGAUAAUUCAUUCCUGUACAUUCUGUGGUAUUUCACCUUCUCUGUGCUGGGCAAUUUUAACCACUUCUUCUUUGCUGCUCAUCUAAUUGAUGUUGCUAUUGGAUUCAAAACUUUGAGAACUAUUUUGCAAUCCGUUACACACAAUGGAAAACAGUUGGUGCUUACUGUGAUGUUGACAAGUAUUGUUGUAUAUAUCUACACAGUCAUAGCCUUUAACUUCUUCAGGAAGUUCUAUGUCAAAGAAGAGGAUGGUCAAGUUGAUUACAAAUGCCAUGACAUGGCUACAUGUUUUGUCUAUCAUUUACAUACUGGCCUCAGGGCAGGAGGGGGAAUUGGGGAUGAAAUUGAGCCAGCUGAUGGAGAUCCAUCAGAAGCAUACAGAAUUAUAUUUGAUAUCACAUUUUUCUUCUUCAUCAUUGUCAUUUUGCUGGCUAUCAUUCAGGGUUUGAUCAUUGACGCUUUCGGAGAACUGAGAGAUCAAUUGGAACAAGUAAAAGAAGAUAUGGAGUCUAAAUGUUUCAUCUGUGGUAUCGGCAAGGAAUUCUUUGAUAAAGUUCCGCAUGGUUUCGACACUCAUGUAAUGAAUGAACAUAAUUUUGCAAAUUACAUGUUCUUCUUAAUGCAUCUUAUUAACAAACCAGACACAGAGUACACUGGACAAGAAACCUAUGUUUGGGAAAUGUAUCAACAGCGCUGCUGGGACUUUUUCCCAGUUGGUGAUUGCUUUAGGAAACAGUAUGAAGAUGAAGCUUCUAGCUGAAAACAGAGCUGAUCCAUUUAACUGUGAUUGAUGUUAGGUAGUUGAUCAACUACAGGUCGAGAAAUGUUCUUACCCGAAUGAUGGACCACAGACUUACAGAUACCAUCAGAAUUUUAUAGGACAAAUAUAAAAGUAUUUUCACAACAGAUUUCUGAAACCGAAUUACAACAGCUGUAUCCACGAUUAGAACAUUUCAGAGCUGCCUCUGUCAGUUUGUGUGUAUUUGUGUUUGAAUAUAUGAGAUCUUGUGUUCGGGAAGUAGCUUUAAAUGUACGUGUGGAUUCUCCUGUCUCCAGUUGUUCAUCAUGGAGACUACGAAGCAGAACUGUGGCCAAACAUACCUUUAAAAAGAAAUGCAAAUAUAUACAUGUAUUUUAAUCUUUGUGUUUGAUAACAAUACCUAACCAUUUUGAUUCUUCUUGAUUCAAACCCCCACCCCCUCUUAAUUGCAAAUUUCUUUGAGGUUUUGGUCCUCUCUUGGAGGACCUUACUCUUUUCUUAAAUUAAACAAAACAAAUUUGUGCACAUAUCAAUACAGAUAUAAAUCAAAAGAAAUGAAAUAUUGUCGUAAAACAAGAAAAAAAUGAAACCCACCAAAUUUUCUUAUGAUAGAUUUUUAUAAGUAUUUUUUGAACUAUAUGGAAAAUAAAAAAAAAGUCCAUAAAAAUGGAAAUAUUGCUAUAAUUUGAUAUUUAUAACUUUUACCCUGAUUUUCCAUUUAUGAAGUUUGAAACGGAGGACUUCAGAACCCAGUUUGGAAGUUCCCAGGUCCAGCUUUGUCCCUUCCAAGAAUGAAAAACAAAAAUAAAGAUUUUAAAAAUUGA